CCCCCCGCGCGCCUCCUCCUGUUCCCCGCCAGUUCGGCCCCGCAGUGCCUAGGGAAGGAAUCAGCAACAGAUGCCGACUAGCCCCUCGGGCAGCCCCAGGCCGCUGUGAGCCGCGGCACGCGGGCGGAGAGAGUCGCGGAGCCGUGCCGCGAAGGCGAGCGGGGGACGCUGCGGGGCAGCCCGGCUGAAAAGCGAGACCCCCUUGGUCCCAUCUUAGUGUCGCCCUCAGACUAAGCGCUCAGCUUGUCCCAGCCAUGCCGGGUCCGGCUGCCGACGUGGAACAGACUCCGUUCUGCGAUGCCGAGGAGGCGCUCCGGGUGCGAGCCGGCGGUGACGGCGACAGCCACGGCUUGGAGAAGCCGCAGGCUCGCGGGCAGCGGCGGCAGCAGCAGGACAUCAUCUGGAGGAACGUGUUCUUGAUGAGCCUGCUGCACCUCGGGGCCUUGUACUCGCUGCUGCUCAUCCCCAAAGCCAAGCCGCUGACUCUGCUCUGGAGCUACUUCUGCUUCCUGACCACCGCGCUGGGCGUGACUGCUGGAGCCCACCGCUUGUGGAGCCACAGGUCCUACAAGGCCAAGCUGCCUCUGAGGAUAUUCCUGGCCGCUGCCAACUCCAUGGCUUUCCAGAAUGACAUCUUCCAGUGGUCCAGAGAUCACCGGGCCCACCACAAGUACUCGGAGACGGACGCCGACCCCCACAACUCCCGCCGCGGCUUCUUCUUCUCCCACAUCGGCUGGCUGUUGGUGCGAAAGCAUCCAGACGUCAUCGAGAAGGGCAGUAAGAUUGACAUUACAGACUUGCUUGCCGACCCUGUGGUCCUGUUCCAGAGAAAGUACUAUAAGCUCACCGUGGUGCUCAUGUGUUUCGUGGUGCCCACGCUGGUGCCCUGGUUCAUCUGGGGAGAGAGCCUGUGGAAUUCCUACUUUCUGGCCUCCAUCCUCCGCUACACCAUCUCCCUCAACAGCACCUGGCUGGUCAACAGCGCCGCUCACAUGUAUGGAAACCGGCCCUAUGACAAGCACAUCAACCCUCGGCAGAACCCACUUGUUACUCUGGGAACCAUCGGUGAAGGCUUCCACAACUACCAUCACACCUUUCCCUUUGACUACUCCGCAAGUGAACUUGGCUUAAAUUUCAACCCAACCACCUGGUUCAUUGACUUCAUGUGUUUGCUGGGCCUGGCCACUGACCGCAAAUGGGCCACCAAGCCCAUGAUUGAGGCCCGGAAAGCCAGAACUGGAGAUGGCAGUGCCUGACUUGGAAGUACCGCCCGACACACAUGCCCUUGUCCUCUGGGUUCAUGGCUUUGUUACUGUAGUUCUCUCCCUGAUUGGAUCAUUAGGAGAGAGUAGAGGGUGAGGAGGAAUAGGAUGAUGUAUAUGCUCUGAGAUUUUUUGUUGGUCUCCAAAUAAUGGUAAAAUACAAUUAUCAAUAAAAACCUGAAAUCAGUAUUAGUUCUAUGAUUUAACAUUAGGAUGUGGACAUGUAAUCUAAUUGCUGUAACUAUAUUAUCUCAAAUAUACAUUUAUAUUGCUUGUACUCGAUGUUAACCUUGACAGGAUGAAGGAAUUCAAUAUUCUUUCCAUGUGACUUGGGAGAACAUUAAUUUCUUUUCUCCCAGUUAGCCAACAUUGCUUUGGAACACAUGGUCUGAAGGACCAAGAGGUAGGAUGGGGCACGGAAGAGGGCUCUGCACGGUGACGAAGACUGCUUCUGUCUUGUCAUUAUCCCAUCUAUGGUUUUUUGUUUGAGUGGGAGGAUCAAAAACUUAAAAAGAAAAUGUGGAAAAUGAUCCUUGUAAGUUUUUUGUUGCCCUGUUUACGGCUUGUUAAUAUUUCACUGUCUUGCCUUAGAUUUGUUCACCACCCAUUUAAUUUUGUACCCCAAACCAUACACCUAUAAGUUAAUGCCUGUUUAAAUGUCUGAUUUUCUUCUCUUUCUCUAUUAUCAUUUUAAAAGUAUGUAUCUCACACAUCAAAAUUAAACUCUAAUUAAACUCUCAUGUAAAUGUUCAGAUACCUAAUUUAUAUUCUAAUUGAUCCCAGCCACCAAUGCAUGUACUUUAGCUAUUUCUGCUAAGUAAGUGUAUUAAUUUUCCAUCUGAGAAUAUGAGGGUCUAACAACUGACAAUUUUCUAGAACUCUGACAUAUCUGCUAAUGGCUCCUCUGCAUGCGGCCUUCAUUGAUUUUGUAGUAAAUUAUAAAGUGAUCAUUAUGUAGCUUCUGGAUCAAAAA